GAAUUAAAUUUAUUUUCUAAAUAUACACAUGUUAUGGAUAAUUGCUACGUCAUUUAAUAUCGCGGUUGGAAAAAACUAUGUGCACUAUACUCAAAGAUUUAUAUAGCUCACUCUUCAGUAAUAUUAUCAGUUGAACUCUGAAUUUCAUUGCAUUCGGUGCUUUUGCAAAAGAGUGUUUAUUGUUAUUUAUUUGUACGAAGACUUUUAAUACAUCACUAUGGGACAGAAAAAGUGGUAUCAUUGUGAAAAUUGUUUUCCCUGCUUUUCCUUCCGUCGAGAAAAAUCGUUGAGGGAAGCAAAUUUGCCGAAACCUAAGGAAGCAGAGGAAAUACCAUUUAUUGAUUCUGAAAAUGGAAACAUUUUAAUAGUGAAACAAAUUGAUCCCUGCAUUCUGCCAAAUGGUACUUUACAUAACACAUCCAAAUACGAACUGAUGAUUAGAAAAAUUGAACCCAGUCUAGUCGUUAGAAGAGGGCAACCGUUUCGACUGGUGAUAGAUUUCAAUAGGCCAUUUGAUGAAAAACUAGAUGCUAUUUCCUUCAUCUUCACAGUUAUAGAUGAAGAUAAACCAUCGCAUGGACAAGGUACUUUAAUUGCUCUCCCGCUUUUAAAAAAUCAAGACAAAUCACUGAGUUGGAGUGCAGUCUUGGAGAAGACUUUUAAAAAUUCUGUUACUGUUGUAAUUACUCCUUCUGUAAAUUGUAUUGUUGGUAAAUGGAAAUUAGAUAUCGAUACAAAGAUUUUAAAUGAUGGGUCAUACAGUUAUUCGUGGCCAACGCCACUGUAUAUUCUAUUUAAUCCGUGGUUGUCUGCUGAUCAAGUCUAUAUGAGUUCUGAGGAGUGGAGAACAGAAUCUGUAUUAGAAGAUGUUGGCUUAAUAUGGAGAGGAACUUCGAAUAGACAUAGACCUUGCGUUUGGAAUUAUGGGCAAUUCGAAAAAGAUAUUUUAGAUUGUGCUCUGUAUUUAAUGAAAUAUGUGGCCAAAGUUAGUGUAAUGUCCAGAUCGGAUCCAGUUACAAUUGUUAGGGCUUUAUCUGCAGCCGUAAAUUCAAAUGAUGACUCUGGAGUAAUUGAAGGCAAUUGGUCAAACAACUAUGAGGGAGGAACAUCCCCAACGACAUGGAUAGGAAGUAUUAAUAUUUUACAGACAUAUUAUAAAACUCGUAAGCCUGUAAAAUAUGGUCAGUGCUGGGUUUUCUCAGGAGUUCUUACAACAAUUUGUAGAUCUCUUGGAAUACCUACAAGAAGCGUCACCAAUUUCUCGUCAGCACACGACACGCAAAGUUCGCUAACUGUAGAUUAUUUUAUGAAUGAUAAAGGUGAAUUAAUGGAAGAGCUAAAUUCUGAUUCUAUAUGGAAUUUCCAUGUAUGGAACGAAGCUUGGAUGGACAGACCCGAUCUGGGCGAAGGGUAUGCAGGUUGGCAAGCCAUUGAUUCGACUCCUCAGGAAAUGAGCGAUGACAUGUACAAAUGUGGUCCAUCCUCAGUUAAUGCUAUAAAACGGGGAGAAAUUAAACGUCCAUACGACGUUAGCUUUCUGUUUGCUGAAGUCAAUGCUGAUAAAAUUUAUUGGAAAUACAAUGGACCCACUCAGCCUUUAAAAUUGAUCCGAAAAGAAACAGAUUCAAUAGGAAAAUUUAUAAGUACCAAAGCAGCAGGAAAGUUUGAAAGAGAAGAUAUCACACAUACGUAUAAACAUGCAGAAUAUACUGAAGAGGAACGUGCCGUUAUGUUGAGGGCUUUAAAACAAGCUCCAAGUACUUUUUCACGUUAUUAUCUGAACGAGGAAUUUAACGACAUUUACUUCGAAUUCCGUCUUAUAGAUGAUAUAAAAAUUGGACAGCCUUUCAACGUUUCGCUUUUCGUUCAAAAUAAGAGCAUUUUGCAUGAUUAUAUGGUCAACGUUCUGUUGAGAGUAGAAGUCGUCACUUAUCGUGGUAGAGUAGGAGAUGUAGUCAAGGCCGAACAUUUUAAUAUCUCCUUAGAAAAAAAUACCUAUCAGGAGAUUAAACUGCAUUUAGCAUACGAAGAAUAUUUCAAACGUCUGCUUGAUCAGGCUGCUUUCAAUAUUUCAUGCUUGGCUAAGGUUGAGGGUACUGAUUAUGAGUAUUACGCACAGGAUGAUUUUCGCGUGAGGAAGCCCGACAUUAAAAUUCAGCUGCAGGACGACCCUGUGGAGAAUACUCCAUGCAGAGCGGUUGCCUAUUUGGAAAAUCCUUUACCAAUAAUACUGAAAAGGGGAGAGUUUAAAAUAGAAGGACCAGGUAUUGAUAAGACGUGCAAGCUGAAUGCUAAUGUGAGGAGCAAGGAAAAGAUUCAAGUGGAAUUCACGUUUACGCCUACCAAACAUGGUAGACAGACUAUUGUUGCUAAAUUCACUUCAAUGGAAUUGGAUGAUUGCGAUGGUUUUUUGAAUUUCAUGGUGAAUAUGAAAAAGGACAUUGAAAAUAAAGUAUGAAUAUACUAACACUCAUAUAAUACCUCUCUAUAAAAAAUAUGUUAUAUAAGACUAAUGUAGAUU